AGAAGCGGAAAUCAUCAUCCGGCCGAUCGUUACCCUUUUGUCGUAAAAUUCAAGUCAAAAUGUCAAAGAAAGUAUUAGUUAUGAGCGUCAAAGACGCCAAACAACAAAUUCACGAUUCAAUCGACUCAAAAUCGGAAACAGAAUAUUGGGAUCUAAUGAGGAGCUGGUUUAGAGGUCAAAUUGAUAAGAAGAAGCUCGAUUCGGAAGCAAAGCGUUUAUUACCCAAAGAUAGUGGAAUUCGUUUGCAUAAUAAUUUUAUAUUAUCGCUUUUGGCAAAAGUAGCCGGAAACAAUGGUUCGGAAUCGACUCCGUCAAUUUAUCAAACAAAUCAACCUGCAAUCCUUCCUGAAUCGGAUUUGGAAUUACAAGCUAUCUCUUCAUUUACUCCAAUUGAUCCUCUUCUAGGUGCACCAAUCCUUCAUACAAGGGCACCUCAUAUUGAUCAACAAUCGCCCGCCUUUAUUCAUAGACAAUACGUUCUCCCAGACGAUACCCAAAUACACGGAAGAAUGUUGGUAUCUGCCUGGGAGUACGGUUUAGACGAAGUGAGCGAAGAUGCAGUUCAAUUGCUAGUUAAAGCCAUUGAAGAAUAUCUAAAAAAUAUACUAAUAGUUAUUUUAGGACGUCUAGCCGGUUGUGUGACGUCCAGUUCGCCGUUCAAAUGUAAUCCAUUAGGAAUUACUGGUGGUAAACCAGGAAGAUUAUCUCCCGUCGAUUCGAAUUUAUACGACGAAAUGGAAGACAAAGAGCUAGAAGACGUUACUAGACACGUUAGGGCAAGAUUACAUUUCGGUAUUAAAGUUGUUAGUCUGUUCGACGUUUUAGACGGUUUACAAUCUCAUCCUGAAGUUAUACAAUCAAGAACAUGCUUAGCGACAAAUUUACAGAGAAUUAUCUCUAAACUAUGGUAUAGCGAACCUAUAGAUAUGCAACAAGACUACGAUUGAUAAUCUAAUAGAGAAGAGACAAUAGUGAAAGUGUACUCUUUAUAUUGUUUUCUUUGUUUUUUUUUUAAUAAAUAUGCACUUAAAAAAAAAGGACAGCCCUUGUUUACUUGCAGUUAAUCACUCCCUUUAUGAUCUAUUAGUCUUCUUCUCCCUUUGUUUUUAUAUUACGUUACAAAAUUAACUUUGGACAUAAAAAACGCUUGAUUUAUUGAUAGUUGGCGCCAUUCUUUCCUUUUUUUUUCUUUAUUUCUCUCCUCUCUCUCUCUUUCUUUCUUUCAAGGUCCUUUAUCUAAGUAUUUAUUACUAUAGACUGAAAACAUUAAAUGAUUAAAUAUUACGAGAUUUGUC